UGGACCGAUAACGUUUCCUGAAACAAGGGCGCGCCAGAGGCCGGCGCACCCCGUUCCCGAGGGAGACCGGUGUCUUGUGCCCACCCCGGGGUCCAAGUAGUGGGGUCCAAAUAGUCGGCUCAGAGCUCGACUUGAGCCCCGCAGCCGGGAAGCGCGCCGCAUCCAGACCCCAGGUCGACUCUCUGCGACCUCCAAGAUGCCAGAAGCUAAGGGCUCCCGCCAGGACCUCACGUCAUGGAAGAAGAAGAAGCAGCCGGUGCACCGUACAGUCAGUCAGAUCUGCCCGCCCCCACGACGGCCGCUGACCGUGGCAGACAUCCGGCCGGGCAUGGAGAACGAGAGGCUGGGGGUCGUGCGCGAUUCCAUGUUUCAGAACCCGCUCAUCCUCAAGGCUGAGCUCGGGAAGACCCGGGAGAGAAGCUGCAGCCUUCCUGGCAUCGACUUUAAUUACGGACUCUACACCCGCGGGCUGGACGGAGGGGUCCCCGAAGCCAUCGGACACUGGAACACGUUCAAGCCGCAGCCCAUCCGCUCCCAAGAGCUGGCUCCGAAUUACAUCGCCAUGAAUCGCGGGGCGGUGAAAGCCGGCCUGGUAACUGCCCGGGAGAACUUCCUCUACCGUCAGCUCAACUACGUCCGCGUCAGCGACAAGGACGAGCGGCGUGUCAAGAAGGAGCCGCCCUUCAUCCCUCCUCCGAAUAUGACGUUCGGGAUCCGGGCACGGCCUUCCACGCCCCUCUUCGACCUGCUGCAGCACCGCUACCAGCAGCUGUGGGUGCAGGAGCAGAAGGCCGCCCAGAAAGCCAUCAAGCUGGAGAAGAAGCACAAGGUGAUCCUGGGGAAGCUCUACGAGACCCGGAGCAGCCAGCUGAGGAAGUACAUGCCGCCCGUGAAGCUGGACGCCCUCUGGCACAUGCCCCACUUCCAGAAGGUGGGCCCCCACCUGGACACCUUCCCCACCGAGGCCGAUCGCCAGAACGCUAUGAAAGCCCACCGGCAGGAGCGGGCCGUGCGCCAGGGCACCCUGCGGAUGGGCAACUACACCCACCCCUGAAGUCCCCGUCCGGGCUGCCGUAGAAAAUUCCAGAAGGGCUCCGCUUCCUCGCCCCGACUCACACAAGACGCCCUCCUACCUUCACGUGGGUUCUGCUCCCACCAGGACCUCAGAUCCCCGUCUCAGGUUAACCACUCUCGCUAAGAGCGCCCCCGUUAGGAUAGCCUCCGGCACUA